AUGUACGGAUCCUCGCCUUUCGUGUCCAUGUCGUCAUCCGGUAGGGCCUCGCCGAGUAACGAGCCCUCAACUGUGAUCCCGUUUGACGACAAGCCGGUCUCUGCGCACGGUGAUUUGGCAAGCGUCCGAGACCCCUUGCUGGAAGGGUUCGUCAUUUCAGACGACCCGGAACGCAUCCAGGAGAACGUCUACGUCAUCCUGGGUCACGGCAGCAUGCAGCGGCACGUGCUGCUCUGCGGCACGCUCUCCUUCUUCGUGAUGCUCCUCAACACGCUCGAGUACAAAGUCAUCGGCCAUUUCGUUGACCACUGGUGUCGACCCCCGGACGAGCUGCGCCACCUGAACGCCACGGCCUGGAAGGUCAUGGCCAUACCUGUCGAGCCGAACGGCAACUUCAGCCGCUGUAACGUCUACGACCCACCCGUACAGGAUGGCCCGGACGAAGAACGGCGCCAGGUGCCGUGUCGCGCCUGGGACUACGACACCGAUCGUCUCGAGGACAGCAUAGUGAGCCGCUGGGACCUGGUGUGCGACAACGCCUGGCUGUCCCCGCUUUCCUCGCUCACCUACAUGUUGGGCGCCGUGCUGUUCACUCCGGUGGCCGGUUACCUCGCCGACCGCGUCGGCCGCACACCCAUCAUCAAGAUCGCCAUGAGCACGCUCCUGGUCGCCAGCAUUGGCGCUUGCGUGGCCGACACCUUCUUGCUCUUCCUGCUGACUAGAUUCGUCGUGUCGGGCUCCGCGCACUCCAUCGUAAUGGUGCUCUACAUACUGCUCUACGAGGUCACGGGCAGCGAACACCGGACACGGUUCGCCAUCAUCGACACGGCAAUCGCGUUCACGCUGGCGCCGCGCAUCGUCAACGGCCUGUCCCGACUCACACCGCGCUGGAGCCUCGUCCAGGCCGCCGUCCUCCUCCCGACUGCAGUGCUCGCCUUCUGGUGCUACCAGCUCGACGAGUCUCCCGCCUGGCUGUUGGCCACGUGGAACAUCGCGGAGGCUGAGCGCUCCUUGAUGCUGGCCGCCAAGCGCAACGGGCUCGACUUGGACCGAGCAAUGAACAGCUACCGGCAGCUGCGCGAGCAGUUGCUCAGGCAGGAGAUGAGGAUGGCGAAGCCGGGCGAAGCCUCCGGCUUCACUGCCGAUGGUCACGUCCAAGCAGCCUUCCUAUUCCAAACCCGAAUCGUCUGCGUGGCCCUGUCUUGGUUCACCCUGACUAUGGUCUUCUACACUUUCACACUUUCUCCGGCUUCGGACGCCGACAACACCCUGGAGAUCGCGCAUCUGGUCCUGCAGGUAUACAGUCUAAUGUCUCUAUAACGAAGCUCUCGGGACGUCCUAAAUACUUCGUUAUGCAGCUUACUUCGUUGUAAAGGCCACGCACCAUACCGCUCACAGUGGGGCAGGCUAAGCAGGAUAAAUA